UCUCUUGAUUCAAAAAGCCCAAAGUAUCAAGCAAGGUGAGAAUAAUGUUAGAGAUUAUUUUAUGGAAAUCUCUAGUGUAUGGAAUGAGUUAGAUCAACUUACUCCCAAACUAGGAUUGGAUUGUAAAUGUCAUGAGAUUAGAAGAGAAGAAAUCGAUGAAUUUAGGUUUUUUCAAUUUCUUCAAGGUCUACGACCCGAAUUUGAACAAAUUAGGUCAGCCCUACUUUCUUUAGCCUCUCCUCCACCCAUUCAUGAACUUCUUACGAAGUUAAGCGGUGAAGAAACUAGAAUGAAAUUAUCCAAAGAAUUAGAUAGUGUUCUUAUUUCCAAACAAGAAGAAAAAGUUUUAGCCGCCUCUAGACCCGGGAACAACAUCAAAUCUUUUAGACCUCCUCACUUUAAAAAUCAAAAUAGAGGGGAAUUUAAGGUUGUUUGCCACUUUUGUCAUGAACCGGGUCACAUUAAACCUAGUUGUCCAAAGUUGAAUAACAAUGAAGGACAACCACGAAACUAUGGAGGAAAUCUUUUCAAAGGAGGAGCUUCAUAUCCUCAAGGAGGGCAACACAACCGUGGAAGUGGAACUUCAUAUUCACAAGGUGGGCAAUACAAUAAUAGACAAUUUGACCAAAGGAGGGUUGCAAAUGUUGCAAAUGAAGGAUGUGAUCUCUCUUCAAUCUCCACAACGUUGAAUCAAAUCAUGUCGGUGCUUCAACCUAUGAUCAAAGAGUCGAAUCCCGGAGCACUAGCAACAACGGCAUCUACCUCCAACACUCCCGGAUCACCAAACCGGGAGAUUGAUUGGGGAAGGUUUUAGAAAAGGGGACCUUUACUACAUGGACAAUUUAUGCAUCCCCAUGGAAAAGUUUUGUCACUAUGUGAAAAAUGUGGACAUUAAUGUUUGGCAUCAAAGAUUAGGUCAUCCAAACAUUAGAAAAUUGUCUAUGAUGAGUCCUACCAAGGACGUUUGUAUUGAGAAUUUCAAAUGUAAUGAUUGUAUACAUGGAAAAAUGAAAUCCUUAUCUUUUGGACAAAGAAGCUUCUUUUCCUCUUUUCCCUUUGAACUUGUUCAUUCCGAUGUGUGGGGGCCCUCUCCUAUCAUGUCAAAAGGAGGGCUAUCAUAUUAUGUGAUAUUUGUUGAUGAUUUCACUAGAUAUUGUUGGAUAUAUUUCUUAAGA